AUGUUACUCCAUUAAAAUGUGGCUUUCAGAAUCUGCAAACAGUCUAAAUUGCGUUUUUCAACUAAUUUUCUAUGGAAAAAUACGUUUGAUUUAAAGUAAUAAAUGAUGUUAAAUAAAUCAAUCCUAUUUGACUUAGUCCUAGAAAUAUAAAGUUAUACUAGGACUGUUUAAAGUAAAGCACAGAAAUUUAAUAUGCAUUAAAACAAAUUGAUUAAAUGUUUAUUAUUUAUACAAUUAUAAAAUAAUUCAAAUUUCAAAGUGAUGCAGCCAGCGAAAUAAUAAUAAUAGUAGUUAUCAGUUUAAGCAUAAAAAGAGAGGGGUAUUUAAUGAAAUGAUAGCUAGAUCGAUUAAAAGCUUAGCGAGAAGGGCAAUUGAAUAAAAAAGAAUAAGCCUUAAACAAAUUAAGUGAUGAGGAAGUGAUAGUCUAAUUAAAGGCAAAGGGAUUAGGCGUAUAUGGAACAAAAUAAGAGAAAUUAGAUAGAUUGAAGAAAGCUAAUGGUAUAAUUGUAAUGAAUAUAAAGGGAUUGAAAUUAGUAAUAAGCAAGAGCAAGUUCCUUAAUAAUAAUAAUAACAAUAACAAUAGUAAUAAGCACAAUAGGUAGUUGCAUAAUAAUAAGCACAACAACAGAAAGGAUCAGUUGUUGAUAAUAUCAAAAAGAUGGAAUAACAACGAGAAGAACGUCGUAAAAAUAUGUAAGAAUUGAAAAGAGAGAAGGCAGAGAGAGAAGAAUAGAAUUAAAUAUUGGGUAAAAAUGUCGAUGUAGAAUUUGAAAUCAUGAUUGAUAAAACAAGACUCAAAGGAGGAUUAAUAUAAGAACAUUAGACUACAUAAAAUAUCAAAUUAUGUGUGUGUGUUAGGAAGAGACCGAUCUUUAAAAAGGAGGAAGUUGGAGGGGAAAUCGAUGCUAUCAGUUGUGCAAAUCCUAUGAUUAGAGUGCAUGAACCUAAAUUAAAAGUAGAUGGCAUUACAAAAUAUGUUGAAAAUCAUGAUUUCUAAUUUGAUAACACUUUCAGUGAGGUAGAAUAAGGCAAAGACAUUUACGAGGUUAGUCUGGCCCCAUUGAUGGACUUGUUGGUGAAUUAAGGAGUUGUAACUUGUUUUGCUUAUGGUCAAACAGGUUCUGGUAAGACAUACACUAUGAAAAGCAUUUAGGAGUUAUUGGCCAGUGAUUUAUAUAAGUUAAUCAGUACAACUCCUUCUUAUAAGAUAUUCGUAUCAUUCUUUGAGAUUUAUGGUGGAAAAUGCUAUGAUUUGUUAAAUGGCAAGGCACCUUUAUAAAUAAUGGAAGACAAAAAUAAUAACAUAUAGAUUUAAGGAUUAGUUGAAAAGCCAAGCGAAUCAGAACAGGAGUUAUUUUAGUUAAUGGAAUUGGCUAACUCGGUUAGAACAACUCAUGCAACUGUUGCAAAUGAUACAUCUUCGAGGUCUCAUUCUAUUUGUUAAAUUGCAAUUAGAUAAGGGUAUUCAGACAUUGGUAAAUUAAUCUUGGUUGAUUUGGCCGGAUCAGAAAGAGCAUAAGAUACUUAAUCAAACAAUAGAUAAAGGAGAUUGGAAGGAGCUGAAAUCAAUAAGAGUUUAUUGGCUUUGAAAGAAUGCAUUAGGGCUAUGGAUUCAGGAUAAGGACAUGUUCCUUUCAGAGCCUCUAAACUUACAUUGGUUUUGAGAGAUUCUUUUACUGCUAAAUCAAAUAAAUCUAGAAUUAUAAUGAUUGCUUGCAUCAGUCCAGGUAGUUCAUCUGCUGAUCAUUCAUUGAAUACUUUGAGAUAUGCCGAUAGAUUGAAGGAUAAAUCAAAUUAAGCUAAGGUGUAAUUGGAAGAAAGGGAAGUCACAAAUGAGGAAUUAUUGUAUAGAUAAUAGUAAGGAUAGGAUAGGUAAUCUGAUAAGAAUCUAGAUAAUAAUAAUAAUAAUAAUAAAUAAUUGGAUAAGUAGAACCCUCCUCUACAAUUACCAAAAAUAAAUGAUCCAAGAAAUCAAAAUAAUUAGAAUGCUGGUAAUAUCAAAAAGAACUCAUCCUAAGUUCCUGAGAAGGAAAAACCUAAAUCUUAACCAGUACCUCCAAAACAAUAGAAAAAGAUCAAUACUGUAUAAGAGGACUCAGACGACGAUGUGGCAGCUGAAGAAUUAGUUAAUAAAAAGAAUGGAUAAGUCAAAGAGGAUGUCAGAUGCAUGAAGGAAACUAUGAUGAAAAAUGAAUAAAACAAUGCUAAUGGAAAUGGAAAUGAAUUCUUUGAUUUUCAUGAAAAAGUCAAUACAAUUCUGGAAGAACAAGAUGAAAUACUAAAUAUUCAUAUGGCUGCCAUAAAAGUAAUGUAUCGCAUUUAAUGUUAUAGGAAGAUGCUAAAUUAUUACAAUAAGAAAGUGAAUUGAUUCAGUCAAUUUAGGGAGUUGGGAUUGUAGAUUAUGAUGUCGAUACUUACGUUGGCAAUCUAGAAGCAUUCAUUAGAAAGAAGCUGAAAAUUUAUAAUUUGUUGAAUAAAAAACUCUUAGUAUUUAAGUAAUUUAUCAAUUUUAUGUAAUAGGACACAUUUGAAAGAGGAAGAAGAAAUCAGUUCUAAGAUGAAGAAUACCUUCUAUUAUUGA